UGUCGAGAGUCAAGUAUUUAUAGUUGAAAGAUCCUCUGUUGAGAAUUUUCGAUCCCUUUCAGAAACGUUCUUUGAACGGAACAAAUGAGUUUCGAAAAAUUCAAUCAAGCGAAAAAUUAAGUGAAAGAAUAUAUUUGACCAGGGAAACUUUACGGGAAAUUGGGAACAGAAUUAAAUAUAAGGUGUGUCAGUUAUAAAUGGAUUGUCUACUGCUUGGCAUAUCUCUUCUCAGUUGUUUGGCGAUGCUGUUCGUCUUAACGAGACGAUACUUCUCGUCUCGAGGAGCAAAAUUACUAAAAUUGCCGGAGACAUGGUGGACGCCCGGUAUCGAGAAUUCUGUCAACAAUGAUAUCAGACCAUAUAAAGUUACUUUUUCUGAAGAGAUGGUAAAAGAUUUGAAGUACCGAUUAAAGCAUACCAGACCUUUGACACCACCGUUAAAAGACGUUGCUUGGAAUUAUGGCACUAAUACCGACGCUCUGCGUAAAUUCUUGGACUACUGGGCUAACGAAUAUAAUUUCAAUGAACGCGAGAAGUACAUAAAUCAGUAUUCGCAUUUUAAAACAAAUAUUCAAGGAUUAGACAUUCACUUUAUCCAUGUGAAACCAAAUAAUACAGAAGGAAAACGUGUUUUGCCAUUGUUAAUUGUGCACGGAUGGCCUGGCUCUAUAAUGGAAUUUUAUAAGAUUAUUCCAUUACUGACCUCACCAAAACCCGAGCAUGAUUUUGUGUUUGAAGUGAUAGCACCUUCACUACCUGGAUUUGGUUUCUCCAGCGCAGCUACGAUACCUGAACUUUCGUGCAUUCAAAUGAGUGCGGUUCUCAAGAAUCUCAUGUUGAGACUCGGAUAUGAUAAAUAUUACGUUCAGGGUGGCGAUUGGGGUUCCUCCGUUAUCCAUACUAUGUCAUGCUUAUAUCCACAACACGUCUUGGGUUUACAUUCCAAUUUGUGCAUAGUCAUCAAUAAGUGGAUCCUACUGAAAAAAGCAUUGAAUCUUUUUUCUCCUUUGCUUUGGAAAAAAACUAAAAAAAGAACUGGUUUUUCACUUCUGGGAGAGACUGGAUAUUAUCAUAUUCAAGCUACGAAGCCGGAUACAGUUGGGGUUGGUCUAAAUGAUUCGCCUGCUGGUUUGGCGGCGUAUAUCAUUGAAAAAUUUUCAACUGGCACAAAUUCAUCUUACAAAUAUAAAGCAGACGGUGGAUUUUUAGAGAAAUAUACAUACGACGAGUUAAUCGACAAUCUGAUGAUCUAUUGGGUAUCGAAUAGCAUUACGACAGCUAUGAGAAUAUACGCUGAACUAUAUACCAAGUCGAAUAGAUCCUUGAACGCGAUCUUGGAACGGACACCGAUAAAGGUUCCUAGCGCUUGUGCACAGUUUCCUUACGAAAUCAUGGAACAAAGUCCAUACGAACUGAGAAAACGAUUCGUGAAUCUUUUACGAAUUACCAAAAUGCCUCGAGGAGGUCAUUUCGCAGCAUUUGAAGAGCCGGAGUUACUUGCAAAUGAUAUAUGGAUUUCCGUUGAUGAGAUGGAAGAGUGGAACAAAAAGCACAGGGAAACACUAAUUUGUCAACAAAAGGGAUAAAUGUAAUUCUUAAAAGAGUUUUGUG